AUGCAAGCCAUUGAUCUCAAUGACUUGACGCAGACUCUCGACUUUGCUUCCUUUCACCAACCCAUAGUCACCCCUCUAAACUCUAGCAAUUCUAACCACUGGGAUCCUCCUCCAACUAAUUUCCGUCAUGAGCAUAUUCCUAGGGGAACACCUCCUAUCGACAUUUGCGCAGGCCCCAUUUUGCGCUACACGGGACAAACCGAAGGCAUUUCUAUCUGGCGCGGAACCGCGCUCAUUGUGACAAGUGACAUUGAUCCCGCAACCCCUGCCACUAUGUCAGCAUCUGCUUCAGCAUCAGCAAACCAAACGUGGACUGCAGGUGCACAUGCAACUUCGUCCUCGUCGCAUCUGUCGGGGAACUAUUCCUCCUAUUCUUCUUCUAAUUCUUCUUCUAGCCAGGCACCCAUAUUUGGAUAUACAAUAACGCUACCUAAAACAGAUAAUGCGGGACAACGAACUAGACAUGCAAGUAGUAGAAACAGUGAAGGAGCAAAAGAUUCUCCAGCAAGCAACAACAAUAGCUACUUUGAUGAAGAAUUAUACAAUAAGUUUGAUGGAGAUGAGGAUUUAGCCAAUUUCUUUUUUGAAAAGGAAUCCACUGCUGCCACCAGGUCACCACCCCAUGAUGAAGAUAAUAACACCACCAAUACUACAAAUACCACAUUUAAUACUACUAACACUAAUACUACUACUAAUACUACCCCCAAUACUACCAAUACUACAGGCCAUAUCCAUUACACUCCAGAUCACCAUCCAAUUUUAGCCAGCGGAAAGAUACCCGCAGAACGCCUGCACUCGGAGUAUGGCAAAACCUUUUGGCGGUUCCGACUAGCGUUUGCUCUUCACCCAUCGCGCGAGCAACAGGUUCUUUAUACCAUUAAUGGCGAUGCCGCGCUCGGCGACUUUUUCUUGCCGUCUCAGGAACAGUCUAUGCGUGUUGUGUUCCACACAUGCAAUGGGUUCUCUCUCGGAGUGGACCCAGACAUGUACAAGGGAUGCUUGUGGAAAGAUGUUUUAAGACACCAUCAAGUACAGCGGUUCCAUGUCAUGAUUGGAGGUGGCGAUCAAAUCUAUUGCGACCGAGUCAAAGAAGCAUGUCAGCCGAUCCGCGACUGGAUCAAUGAGAAAAAUGCUAACAAGAAGAAAAACAUGCCGUUUGAUAACCAAGACCGCGAGCUUACUGAAAAAUUUUACCUCGACUACUACAUUGGCUGGUUUGGGUAUGGUUGGUGGCAAGGCCGCACGGUUUUGGAAAACUCGAGUGAAAAUACUGCAACUACAAACGGCAAGUUUAAAAAAGUCCACCGGUGUUUACGGCCAGAUUUCCCUAAAGCUUUGGCCACUAUCCCGUCAAUAAAUAUGUUUGAUGAUCACGAUAUAGUUGACGGGUUUGGAUCAUAUGCAGAUCAAACAAUGGCCCAGCCAAUUUUUUGCGGGCUGGGCCAAGUUGCCUUUAAGUAUUACAUGUUGUUCCAGCACCACACCCACCCCAGUGAAGAUCCUGCUAUGGAAGCCUCUUGGAUCUGCAACCCAGCAAGUCUUGGACCUUAUAUCCACGAGCCUGCACGGUCUGUUUAUGCGCGCUUGGGCAAAUCCAUGGCUGUUCUUGCGCUCGACUGUAGGACUGAACGCCGGCUCGACCGCAUCAUUUCCCCAGACACAUACCGGCUCAUUUUCCGGCGCGUUGCUGCAGAGCUGCAAGCUGACAAGCGCAUUAAGCACCUGUUAGUAGUUGUGGGUGUUCCAGUAGCGUAUCCAAGACUGGUAUGGCUCGAGACUUUGCUGGCGAGUCCCAUGGUUGCGGGUCCGAUUAGGGGGCUUGCCAAGUCGGGGAUUUUAAGUGGGUGGGGCGCCUUGGGAGGAAGUGGCUCUGGCAGUGGUAACAACAAAAAAAAGGCUACAGAAAUCGAUGUCCCAUACAAUCAACGCAACCAUUACUCGCAUAAUUCUCGCACGUCAAAUAACUUUGACGGGGCUGCCGAGAUUCUGGAUGACUUGAACGAUCACUGGUGUGCUAAAGUGCACAAACAAGAACGAAAUCAGUUUGUGGUGGACCUUCAGGACCUUGCAGAAAAAACAAGCGCACGUGUCACGAUUCUUGCUGGAGAUGUUCAUCUGGCAGCUGUGGGCCGGUUUUACGGGCGUCAAAGAGAGUGCGAGGACACUCAUGGGUGUAAUCCACAAUCCGGAACCCAAGAAUCGUCAACAAGCACUACUACCACAGCAGAGUCUACCACAACGGCCGUUACAGCUCCAGCAGAUGUUCCACCAAUUGACUGGGAGCGUGACCACCGACUAAUUCUAAACGUGGUCAGCUCAUCUAUUAGCAAUGCGCCACCGGCUGCAGCACUGGCGGAUUUCCUUAAUACGCGUAACAAGGUGCACUACUUAGGGGCACAUACUUGCGAAGACAUGGCGCGUAUCUUUAAGUACGAUGUGGACGGGACGUUGCGCCACAAAAACCGGAGCUUAAUGGCACGUCGCAACUGGUGUAGCAUUGUGGAAAUUGAAGCUGCAGACCCUAUCGAUGAUUAUUUCCAAGAUUAUUUAGGUAACGAUGAUGAAUACAAGACUAGGAAACCCCUUCCAAAUCAGCAACCACCACAACGGUACCCGCGCGCAUAUAAGGCUGUGUACGGGUCUUUGGCACGAGUCGAUGGCAUGACGAGCGUGGCAGCCGGUCCCCGGUUCCCUGAGAGGAUCAGUGGUAGUGGUGGUGGUAGUGGUGACUGGUCGUUUUCAUCCGGAGCAGGAGCGGUUCCAUUUGCAUGCGACGAGAGAGAGCCACGGUAUCCGGAUGGUCCCGGGGCGCUAUCGAUUGUGUUACAUGUUGAGCGGAACUACGCAGAGGCGUGCGGGGAAACAAGGCCGUAUGAGGUGAUUGCCCCGAUGCUUUUUGUUGGCCAAGGAAACAAUAGCAGUGAAGUAGACGAAAGGAAAGAUGUUGCGGGAUUUAGUAUUUGA